AUGGAGUCGGAAGAUCGACCCCGAAAGAUGCGAAAGCUGUCUCCAGACAUGAACGGGUCAGCGGAACGCGACGACCUAGAUCAAGACGGUUUGAAUUCGGAACCUGCUGCUGUCGAAGGCUCUGAUCAAAAGUCUCUUCCCAUCCCAAGUGAAGUCAUCCCGGCAGAGGCAGGAGAGGUCGAUGACCGCGAGGUCCCAUUGUCAAAAUCCCAGCAAAAGAGGCUUCGAAAGAAAGCUGAAUGGGAAGCGAAGCGCGAAGAUCGCAAAGUCAUUCGAAAGGAGAAAGUCCAAGCCAAGCGUGAACGCAAACGCGAAGCCAAAGAACAGGCCCUAGCAGAAGGACGACCCAUUCAAGUUCCCAAGCAGCAAACCCACCAACGAGCUGUUCAGCUGCCAGUCACAUUCUUGAUCGACUGUGAUUUUGAUGACCUAAUGCGAGACGGCGAGCGUAUCUCGUUAGCAUCACAAGUCACGAGGUGUUAUUCUGACAACAGGCAUGCUCCGUACCGCGCGCAUCUGACGAUUUGUUCUUUCACGGGAAAAUUGAGGGAACGAUUCGACACGGUUUUGACGCAGAACUAUAAAGGCUGGAGAGGAGUCCGCACUUUCGACACCAACUUUUCUGACGUAGCCGAGAAGGCCAAGGAAUGGAUGAGCGCUGAGGAUCAAGGCAACAAGAUGGCUGGUGUCUUCGAGAAGUAUGCAGACAUCGAUGAUGAAGCGAAGCAGAGACUAAAGGACGAGGGAGAAGUUGUCUAUCUGUCUUCCGAGGCUGACGAGGAUCUUAUGGAGCUCAAGCCAUACAGCACUUAUAUCAUCGGCGGGCUGGUUGACAAGAAUCGCGAAAAGGGUAUAUGCUACAAACGAGCGAGAAAAGCUGGCAUCAGGACUGCAAAGCUUCCCAUUGGCGAAUUCAUGGAGAUGCAGAGUCGGAAAGUCCUGGCCACGAAUCACGUCAAUGAGAUUAUGAUUAAAUGGUUGGAGUGCGGUGAUUGGGGAGAAGCGUUUGUGAAAGUCAUUCCGAAGCGGAAGGGUGGAAAGCUGAAAGGGGGUGAGAAGGAUGAGGACAGUGCUGUAGCCAACGAGAAUGGUGCCGAGCAAAGAGAUGAGGCAGAGGAUGACGGCAAGGCUGUUGCUAGUGAUUGA